CAGAGUUAUUUUAUUUUUGCUUAUUUUUUAUGCGGGGACUUGGGAUUGUGGUAUAUUUGGCACUUGCGUUGGGUUGGUUCUCUUUUUACUUUUUGGAAAGUUAUUAGAGCUUCUUGUUAUUGGGUUUUCAAUUGUUUGAAAAGUUGGUUGUUUUUCCAGUGUUGAAUAUGUAAUUUUCUAUAUAUUUGAGCUUCCUUGAAUUCAGUUUCCUAAAUUUUUUUUUAGUUUGUUGUUUGCUGCUAUCAGGGGAGUCGUUGUUCAAUUACUGCGAGAUUUUGCGGUGUUGGGUUUGGAGAAAUUCAUCAGAAUUUUGAUGAUUUAUAGGUUAUUGGGAUGUGUCGGUUAAAAGUUUUGGCGUAUGCAGCCUUCUUGGUUGUGUUCUUAAGUUGGUCUGCACAAAUUAAUGGAGCAAAAGAUUCCAUUAUGGAUCCUGUAGAAGUGAAGGCAUUGAAAGCCAUUAAGAAAAGCUUGACUGAUCCUAACAAGAACCUGAGUAAUUGGAAUAAAGGUGAUCCCUGUAACGCGAAUUGGACCGGGGUUAUAUGCUACAAUACAACACUUGGUGAUGACUAUCUACAUGUUGAAGAAUUGCAACUACUAAACCUGAAUCUGUCAGGAACUUUAUCACCAGAGCUUGGCCGUUUAUCUUAUAUGAAAAUAUUGGAUUUUAUGUGGAACAAAAUAAGUGGGCCCAUACCAAAGGAAAUAGGCAACAUUACAUCCUUGGAACUCUUGCUACUGAAUGGAAAUCACUUAUCAGGUCCCUUGCCUGAAGAACUUGGCAAUCUUGUAAAUUUGGACAGAAUACAAAUCGACCAGAACAACAUAUCAGGACCAAUACCUAAAUCCUUUGCAAACUUGGACAAAGCAAAGCACUUUCAUAUGAACAACAAUUCAAUUAGUGGGCAAAUCCCGGCUGAGCUUGCAAGAUUACCAAAUCUAGUUCACUUCCUUCUAGAUAAUAACAACUUAUCUGGGCAUCUUCCACCAGAGUUCUCCGAACUUCCGAAAUUACUUAUACUUCAAGUUGAUAACAACCACUUUGAUGGGAGUGAGAUUCCAGAUACUUAUGGCAACAUGUCUCAGUUGUUGAAAUUGAGCCUUAGGAACUGCAGUUUACAAGGACCAAUUCCUGACUUGAGCCGGAUUCCAAAGCUCGGUUACUUAGAUCUCAGUUCAAACCAGCUAACUGGAUCUAUACCUCAAGGAAAUCUUUCUGAUAAUAUCACAACUAUUAAUUUAUCCAACAACAAACUUACUGGAACCAUUCCUACCUACUUUUCAAGUCUUCCUCGUCUUCAAAAAUUGUCUAUUGCAAACAAUUCACUGAAUGGCACUGUUCCAUCCACCAUUUGGCAAGAUAGGACUUUCAAUGCAACAGAAAUACUGGAAUUGGAAUUGCAGAAUAAUAAUCUUACAUCUUUCUCAGGCAGCACUGAAAUCCCUCUAAAUGUCACCCUCUGGCUGCAGGGGAAUCCCUUAUGCAACAAUAUCUCCCUAGUCCAUUUCUGUGGAUCUGAAAUUGAGGAUGAAAAUGUCACAAGCUUGACAAACUCCACUGGUGGAUGCCCCAUCCAAUCCUGCCCACCCCCUUAUGAAUAUUCCGAAAGAUCUCCUGAAAAUUGUUUUUGUGCUGCUCCUCUGCUUGUUGGUUAUAGGUUAAAGAGUCCUGGAUUCUCAGAUUUCCGCACUUACAGAAGUACAUUUGAGAAUUACCUUACUUGGGGUCUUGACUUGCAUCUUUAUCAGCUUGAGAUUUAUUCAUUUCGGUGGCAAAAGGGACCUCGGCUUGAAAUGUACUUGAAGCUCUUUCCUGUAUUUGGAGUGAAUGUAGUUAACAACCAGACAACUCAUACCUUCAAUGACAGUGAGGUUCAGAGAAUCAGGAACAAAUAUACAUCAUGGAAAAUUCCUGACAGUGAACUAUUUGGACCCUAUGAACUGCUCAACUUUACUCUGCUGGGCCCUUAUCAGCACAUAUUUCCCACUUCUACAAAAUCUGGUAUAAGCACAGGUGCACUAGCUGGCUUCAUACUUGGUGGUAUUGCUGUUGCAGUUACACUAUCUGCAAUUGUUUCUCUUCUUAUAUUGAGAAGGCGCACAAGAGAUUAUCGUGCAAUUUCUCGAAAACGCCGCAUUUCGAAGGCCUCCAUAAAAAUUGAUGGUGUGAAGGAUUUCACUUAUGGAGAAAUGGCCUUGGCUACAAAUGACUUUGACAGCUCUGCUCAAGUUGGUCAAGGAGGUUAUGGAAAGGUUUACAGAGGCAUUCUGACGGAUGGCACAGUGGUGGCCAUAAAGCGUGCACAAGAGAAUUCAUUACAGGGUGAGAGGGAAUUCUUAACAGAAAUACAGUUAUUAUCACGAUUACAUCACAGGAAUCUUGUGUCCUUGCUUGGAUAUUGUGAUGAAGAGGGUGAACAGAUGUUGGUCUAUGAAUUUAUGUCCAAUGGCACUCUAAGGGAUCACCUAACUGUUAAGGCUAAAGAACCUCUGAGUUUCGCUAUGAGAUUGAGAAUUGCCCUGGCAUCAGCCAAGGGAAUCCUUUACCUACAUACAGAAGCCAAUCCUCCAAUAUUCCAUCGAGAUAUCAAGGCAAGCAACAUAUUAUUGGACUCUAGGUUCAUUGCAAAGGUUGCUGAUUUUGGGCUGUCACGACUUGCUCCUGUUCCAGAUAUUGAAGGAACCGUGCCUGCCCAUGUAUCCACAGUAGUGAAGGGAACUCCGGGUUACCUUGAUCCCGAGUACUUCUUAACUCAUAAACUGACAGACAAGAGCGAUGUUUACAGUCUUGGUGUUGUGUUUCUUGAGCUCUUAACUGGGAUGCAGCCAAUCUCACAUGGGAAAAACAUUGUCAGAGAGGUCAAUAAUGCAUUUCAAGGUGGCAUGAUCUUCUCGGUUAUUGAUAACAGAAUGGGAUCUUAUCCUUCUGACUGUGUGGAAAAGUUCUUGACUUUGGCCCUCAAGUGUUGCCAAGAAGAGACAGAUGCAAGACCUUCAAUGGCAGAUGUAGUUAGAGAACUUGAAAGUUUUUGGGCUAAGAUGCCUGAGGCUGAGACUAAAUCAGUGGAUUCUGUGAUGAGUGACAGUGGAAAACUAGCAACUCCACCAUUUUCAUCCUCUGAAAUGAAGCAUCCUUACAUUUCUUCUGAUGUCUCUGGCAGUAACCUUGAUAGUGAAAUUAUUCCUACCAUAGUCCCUAGAUAAACAGACAUAUAUCUGAUUCUGAGUUCACUUUUUCACUCUGGAAGUCUCUAAAAUCUUGUUUGAAUUUUUGGUAUCUGAUAUUUGUAUAGCAUCUAAUUAGAAGUGAUUUGAAAUAGAGAAAACAAGAAGGUAGUGCAGUACAUUAUUCGAUUUGUUUAUUUGAUUUACAAUUAAGGAAAGUGCUAGGGGUGCAAUUUGUUAUUUGGUUA